UUGUAGUUGAUCUAUGUGCUUAUUAAUUCUUCAGCUGGUAAUAUUUACUAAAUCAAUAUGUUCUAUUUUACAAAAUGAUUAUAGCCACAGCAUUUAUUUCAUGAGAUGCACAUCACAGUUUAUAUCGGUAAAACAUUGAAUCCUGUAAGUAACUCAAUUAUUACAGAUUUGUCCAUUCUUUUAGAAAUAAUAAUUGGUUGAGCUUACAAAGUUUCUCUGAAACUUAUAAAACAAGAGACACAAGAAAGAUACUGCCCAUUUUAAAUGUUCAUAGUGACUACAUGGAGGGACAUUUGUGUUUGUAGAUAAUUGCACAGACCUGUAUCUCUUCAUUCUCCACUCUGGGUUCUUCUGUCGUCACAUUGUUGUUAAAUUCUAGAAGCAGAAGAUCUGAACCUAAGGCUAACGGAAAAGAAAUCUCCAGCCUCCUUACCCCGUCUUGUUCAGGUAUUGUUUCAGAACAGAGUCGCAGAAAAGUUUGAUCACCGGCCUGCAGCUAUUUUGAUCAACUAUACUGAAAGACCUAAGGAAUUUCGGAUCUAAUUUACAUACGAUAUGCAUGUAUAUAAUAUGUAUAAAUCAUCAUGACACACGAAUAAGUAAUCUUUGAAGUUUUUUUUCUCUCGAAACAAACCAAUUCACGUUUCCUGGAACGAAACUGGUUUCUGUUUUCGGCAUUCAGUGAUGUUUUACCCAAGCUCCGGCCCCGCCUGAUCAGUUUGGCCUCAAUACUCCUAAAGAUCAGAAUGCUGGUGAGAAACGCACCAACUUCCACCCACCCAACUUUGAAUACAUGUGCAAGUGUUGGUAUACAGAAACGUGGUCUGCUUCCCUUUUAAGUAUUCUGGAUGUGAUCUGUCCGAAGAUCCACCCAGCUCGUUUCUCGUCUCUUGAGUGUCGGACAGCGGGGGACCAUGGACGCCAAGGAGGGCAGUUUCUCGGAGCGCUACGAGCCAGUGGCUGAGAUCGGGGAGGGAGCGUACGGCAAGGUUUACAAGGCCAGGGACAGGAAACACGAAGGUCGCUUCGUGGCUCUGAAGAAAGUCCGGGUGCAGACUGGGGAGGAGGGGAUGCCGCUCUCUACCAUCCGUGAGGUGGCCGUGCUCCGGCAGCUGGAGUCCUUUGAACAUCCCAACGUGGUCAGGUUGUUUGACGUUUGCACCGUGUCUCGGACAGACCGCGAGACUAAAUUGACUCUCGUCUUUGAACAUGUUGACCAAGAUCUGACUACGUAUCUGGAGAAAGCCCCAGAGCCAGGAGUUCCCCCGGAAACAAUAAAGGACAUGAUGUUCCAGCUGCUGCAAGGAUUAGACUUCCUACAUUCACACCGUGUAGUUCAUCGAGACCUGAAGCCCCAAAAUAUACUCGUAACCAGCAAUGGCCAAAUUAAGCUUGCGGACUUUGGCUUGGCUCGGAUCUAUAGUUUCCAGAUGGCUCUUACAUCUGUGGUUGUCACUUUGUGGUACCGAGCACCGGAAGUCUUGCUCCAGUCUAGUUAUGCAACGCCAGUUGACCUGUGGAGUGUUGGCUGUAUAUUUGCAGAGAUGUUCCGUCGACGUGUUCUCUUUCGUGGCAAUUCGGAUGUUGACCAGCUAGGAAAAAUCUUUGAUGUACUCGGUCUUCCCAGCGAGGAUGACUGGCCAACAGAUGUGGCCCUGCCAAAAAAUGCUUUUUCUACAAGAUCACCACAGCCCAUACAGGACUUAGUGCCAGAGAUAAACGAACCAGGGAAAGACCUGCUGCUGAAAUUCCUAACUUUUAAUCCAGAAAAGAGAAUAUCUGCUUUCAAUGCACUGUCCCACCAGUAUUUUAUGGACCACGAGAAACAUACUGAGAGUCAGAACGUGUCUCUAUCUCCUAACCAGCCUUCUUCUGAAGUGAACACAGCUUAACGUUCUCAAGAGUUUUGUUUUGUUCCUGAGAGGAUUACUUGACAAGUGAAAUGUUUUGCAAUACAGCAAUAUCUCCUCCAUAUGCUGCUUUUGAAACGUCUCUAACUUGUGCUUUCUUGACUUAAUGCCCCAUAGUAGUAUUUUUGAAACAAUGCAAGAACUGUUGCGGUUUCUGCCACCGUCCCUCACGUCUCCACCUUCACUUCUGGAUAAUCCUGGACAUAAUUAAAUGCUGCAAAUGUUACCUGAAUGUGGAAUGCUGCAACGGUGAACUGGAACACCAAAUACAAUCACUGCCAGACCUGCUAACUCUUUUAUGUACCCAGCUGCUAAGGCCAGGUUUCAACCAGUAAAUCAAAAUGUUGUUGAGUUUGCUAACUGACGAAUGUUUUUUGAACAAGUGAAAUGGACAACUUCAGCCACGGUUCCUGAUACUGUGAAUCUUCAAUAUCAACCAAAUUGGCAAGAAGUUGCAAAAUCCAUUGAAGGAGGUCGCUUUGUGGCAUUAUUGGGAAGAAGACAUUUUGGAAGUUAUUUUUUUUAAAAUGCAUCGCAUUUUCUUGAAAGAAAACUAUAAAAUUCAGGACUACUUUUCUGUUAUUGUUGCUUAUCAAUGGUAUUUUUUAAAUAAUUGUGUCAACAGAAGGGCGAUAUCUGCUAACAAAAAUUUAACUCCCUGGAGUUAUCAAAAUCUUAACACAUAUCAAAAUAUUUCUUUGCAAAGUGAGACAGCUUAUGUAUGGAAGAUGCUCUGCAAACUUACAGCAUUGCAACACUUCUCCUGUCUCGUGCUUACAAAACAUUAAGUGCCCAUUUAGAACACUUCUAGCACCAGGUGAUCAAUUGAAGGUGACCCAAUCUAUUUUCAAAUUAAUUCAUGAAGUUCAUUGAACUUGAAACAGGCUUGAUAUUCACCACCUUCAUAUAAAAACCUGCAGUUGAAGAAUUAAAAUUUUGUCUGUAAAUGUAUGAGUGUUUUUACCCAGUUCACACUGCCGGCAUAUCGAGUUUGCUUGUGGAAAACUGGAUACUGGAUGUGCAUCUUUCCAAGUGAAGCUGCAAACUUAUUAAUUAAUUGUUAAGUAGCAUCACUGUUUGCAAUGAUAAUUGCAACGUGAUAGAAUUGAAUGCCUAAUAUUUUCUUACUGUCACUCUAGUGGAGGGCAAACCUGUUUGUCGCAGAUUUGCGUUCUUCCAUUUUUAUGUACAUAUCUGGAGAGAAAGUAAAUUGUGAAAAUGAAGAUGCUGGAAGUACUCAGGAGAACAGUAAGCGUAUAUGAAAGGGGGACACAGUUUGAUAUCACCAGGAUGAUCUUGAAUCUGUUUCUCUCCCUACGUAUUGUCUAAUCUUCCAGAUAAUUCCAGCAUUACUGGGUUUAUACUGUGCCCCAGCAACUUGUUUUCAGAUUAGGAUAUCUCUGGUCUCAAAUUGUAGCAAAUAACUAUUUUUUUUUUAAGACAGACGUUGCUAUUUUAUCACUGAUGGAUAGCUUUAGUUGGGCUGCUGAUAGUACUUUGAAGAUAUAGACUUUGAGGGUAUAGCCCAUCAAACAUUCUUCCUCUUCCAAGGAUGAGGUCUCUCGAACCCUAAGCCCUUUGGUCUUUCUGUAGCUUUGGGUUUUUGCGGAAUGGGGUUGCUAGCCCUGUGCCCAACCCUCGUCUCCAGCCAGGUUUGGGACUGCCUCUGGCAGAGUCACAAACCAUGUGGAAGUGAAAUGGUGCAUAUAAUUAAGUUGCAUUUAUUAUCCUUGAAACCCCGCAGUUUACAUAAUUGUUGGUGAGAUUGGCUCAAAUGUUGUGGUCAGCGGUGAAGUGGAGCUUACUUUGAAAGAUACAACACCCUCUGUGGUCAGGAUUUCACCCUGCCCAAUGGCAGUACAGCCAGGCACCAUCUUGUAGGGGUGUCUACCAUUCGACACCAGUAAUGUGUUCACGCCAUCACACCAACGGUGAUAUUAACAUUUAGAUAAUUUAGAAACUGAAAUAUCUGAAAUAGACUACUUAGAAAGAAAAUAAUUUUUAAAAUUAUUUUUCAAAGUAUGAAAUAUUAAAAUAAUUAACUGGGAAGGGAGUGACAAUCCAGAGAAAAUACACUUUUGAUCCACAGAAAAAGAUGGGCUUUUUUUUAAGCGGCUGAAUGCAUGUUUAAUGACCGUGCUGCUCUUUGAGCAACAGAGUUUUUAAUUUUUCCACGUUUUUUGUUAAGGUGUCAGUGGUUGGAAAGUGUCUGAAAAUUUCACCGAUUUACUGAUUUCUAUGAAUUAUACCAAUUAGGCCCUUUACAGAAACAGCGGAUCACUGACAGCUAGAUCAGAAUUUCCUCAUUUCAUUGUACGUGUGCCUAUUCCAGAAAUUUCAGAGGGAUUCCCUCCAUUAUAAUGGUGAACUAUAAAACCACACACUUUUUUCAUUGCAAACACCAGACUGAUACUCGGUAACGCAAUUUGUUAUUACAAGGGAACUAUAUAUAAUCACAUUGUAUGAUUAGUUACGGUGCUUUAGUGACAGAUAAAAUAGAUGUGAUAUUGACUGAAAUAUAUUUAGGAUAGAGUUCAGUAUCGAUGAAGUAACAUCUCUCUGACUUAAGUAAGUGUGUGUGUGUAUAUAUAUAUAUAUAUAUAUGUGUGUGUGUAUAUAUAUCCAUACAACUGAAAAUCAUUCACCAAUAUGUAAACAUUUUCCACAAAAUACAUCUGUCUUAAAAGUAUUAAGUUAAUGUCCUACCCUUUCGGACAUGCUGUUUGUAAACAAUGUCUAUGCGAUACAUUUCCAAUUGGACCGGGGCUCCCGACCGUUUUCAAUGCCAUGGUUCGAAACCUUCCAGCAAGGGUCCGUGGAUCCCAGGUGCUUGGGAACCCUGGUUUUAGAGAAUUUUUUUUUAAUAUUUCAAGACAGCCCUCAGGCUGAGGUAGAUUUUUAGUUUCAAAAACUUCAUAUUUGUGCAUUUUGGAUGUAAUUUGAUUUAAAAUAAAAUGAUCGCCAUAUUUUGGUGUCUCUAGCAGUGACCAGAAUUGGAGAGACAGAGAGUUCAACAAAAAGAGACAAGCAGAUAAUAAACCAUCACUUGUUUAAGUAACAGUAGUGUGCUCUUUCUUUUAAAAGUUUAUGUUUAUACAAUUAUACUUUGAAUUGGGAAUAAUGCAACAAAAUGCAAGUUGAAACUAUUAUUUCUAAGGCUUGUGAAGUUUGAUAUUUCCGUGCUGUGCGAAACUCUCCGUGGUGAUUCUCCUAGCUGUACUUCAGCCAUUACAACUUCUGUGAAACAUUUAUGUUAAUUCAUUUAAGAUCAAUGUUAGGUGAAACUGAAGUGUAAAGCUGUUGUUUUGGUUUUUUUUCCUCUCUCCAAUAGGUGAUAUUUCCAAAAUGUUAAAGGCAAGGAGCAGUAUAUAUAUGAAAGCCAAUUUAUUCUAGAAACAAGAGCCAGAAAGAUUAGUUAGAGCUGUUCAUUUUUUAUCUCACAGCUAAGGACCCACUUGGUUAAAAUAAUAAGAGUUGUUUUCCUUGUCUGUUAAAUCUCGGACUAACAGGAAAACACAAUUAAUGAUCAAACUUUCAGAAGUACGAUGUGCAGCGCCACACACCAUUUGUUAUUUAGGACUGAGAAAAAGACAAAGAGGGAAUGUGAGAGAAGAAAAGCGCGAAGGGGCGUUUAAACAAAACAAGGUGUAUGAACAGGAAAGGUGCAGAAAUUGUGUGAGAGCUGAAAAUUUAUUAUCAAUACACGUAAAUAAUACCUUGAGAUUCAUUUGUGUGGAAAUGAGAAUUAAGUCCUUAGGCAUUACAGGAACCAAUGAGUUCAAGGCAUCUGGGGAAAAAGUGAAUGAUGGUCGUUAAUGACAAUGGCAGAACUGGCAGACAGAAACUGAUAAAUAAUGCAAAUUCCAUUUGCAAAAAAAGAAGAAUGGUUAACAUUUUUAAAUUCAACAUUACCAAAGGAAGAAUAUUUUAAAUUAUGCAAUGGGGUGUUUGAAGUUGUUUGAUAAUAUCCAGGUCUAGAUUUUGUACUUUACAAAACUAAAAGUCGAUUAAACUAUUGGACAUUACUGUUUAAUUGAACUUAGUGAAGUGAGCCAAGAUAUGAUCUGAACUGUAAUUGUUCAUGGUAAUGCAUCAUAGCUCUGUGUGUUUCUGUUUGAGUGGGCUGCAAUAUAAGAUUAAGGACAGAAAGUUUGACAAGGGUUCGAAUUGGAAGUGUUGCAUUGUGUGCUACUCUCAUGAUUAAUAAAUCGAGCCUUCAAAUAAUUUUACCAGAUGGUUCAAUGGUGCUGUAAGAGUAGUUGAAACAUUUCAAUCACGGUGUGAGGCCCUGCAGUUAAAAUCUCUUUCCCUGGAUUGGAAAAGCAGGAAAUUUGCUAGAAUUCUGCUUAUCAAAAUCAUCACAUUACCAACAAAAUUAUAAACACAGUAAAGCUGCUUAGACUUGGUGCAAGCAUUUAAAGAGAUAAUGCACGGCCACCAAGGAAAUCUCAUUAGGUGUCCGCAUCUUAUUAUCAUCUCGUGAUAAUAAGCAUAGACUUUAGAUUUUCAAUCAAAACUACACCAGAUCUAGGGCAAUAUCACUGCAUUUAAAUGUCUUUCUUUACUCUAUCCUCCAGACUGCUAUGUAUUACAUGUUAAAUUCAUAAGAACAGCCAUAUGCUAUUGUCCAGGCUGCCGUGCAUUUGCUCAGCAAGUUAGGCAACAGAACUGAUGAUGGAGAGGAGUAAACAGUCCACGUUUAGAGCUGAGACCCUUCAUUCAUGUGCCCUGAUGGGGGGAUGGUUCUUGGCUCAAAAUGUGCACUGUUUAUACCUCUCUGUAGAUGCUGCCUGGCCUGCCGAGCUCCUCCAGCAUUUUGUGCCUUCCGCAGGGUUUCCAGUGUUGCAAAAUUCAUGUGUGAACAGUUGUCGCUGCCUGUGCACACUAAAAAUGAACUGCUGGUGUUUCUGCUGUUUACUGGUAUCAAACUUGGGCAUAAAUCAGGUUCUCCCAAUAAAGAUAACUCCGUCCAAAGCCAACCCCGCCAUAAAAUGGGCUAUUUAUGUAUCAUAAUCGCACUGAUUGCGGUCAGAAUUACUGCCAAACUGCACCCAUUUACAGCUGUUAGAUAGAUUAGUUAAUAAAUAAUUUUUUUGUGGGACUGUGUGGUAUCAUCAUGGUUAGCAUAAUGCUUAACCUCCCCAUGACAACCUGGAUAGAGAGCCGUCUUAAAGCAAGUUCUUAUUUAAAUUACAUUGUUCCAUAUAUUUAUUCAAACCUUUUUAUUUGUGAUCUUUGGGGCAUUGCUAAGACCAUCAAGAAACAUCAGUCUAACAGUUUACAAGGGUAUGUUACCUGAAGUCAAGGAAUGCUUUGACGAUUUGCUACUUGAGUGGUACCUGGUUAGUUAGAAAGGAUGAAGUCCGCCGCGUGUUUAUUGUACAACUUCUAGAGUGUUGCAGAGUACAUAACAUUCAGAGCCGCCUUUGUUUGCGUAGAUAACGUAAGGUUGCAACAAGAGUUCUCCUAGUUAAACCUACAAUGGCAGUUUAUACUUUUUAUACGUUACUGUUUUAGUGACAAAUUGAUUUGUUGUAAUAUGCCAUAACAUAUAGUUUACCUUGGGCUCAAAUUGAUCACUCUGUUAGAAACUUUACGAAAAGCACGUUCACGUCUGCAGAUUGUAACACACGUGUGCACACGCACUUGGAGGAGCCCAGUAAACCAGGCACCAUUUAUGGAGGGAAAGAACUGUUAGAGCCGUGACCCCUCAUCACAUGGAUACUGUACCUGGUCAUGCUGAAGGGCCUCAGCCGAAAUUUGACUGUUUAUCCCUCUCUAAAGCCUGACCUGCUGUGUUCCUCCGGCAUUUUGUCUGUCUUACUGUGGAUUUCCCUUAGUGACUUCCCUCAACAGCUUGCUUAUUUUUUUUAUUUAUGAGCCUGUAGAUAUUUUGUUUCACCCCUUAGUUCAUGCAGUUUGUAGUGAUACAACUUGAGCAUUAAAGCUGAAAUGUUCUGUGACGUACUAAAUCUUAAAGGUAAUCUGGAGUUGGUUAACCUGACCAAAUAUUACUGCACUUCAGAUUUUACAUGUGUAUUCAACCAGCUUUCAUGUAAGAUACAUUUUCUUCUGGAUACCUCAUCUACAUAUGCAUACAGUGGGUCCCUGUAAGAUUUCCACAUGAACUUUGAAUUUUAUUGCUAACAUAAUCCUGCAGGAUAAGGAUCUUCUGUCUACAUUUAGUCAAUUACAACAGAUUUUUUCUGAAAGCCAAUGGACCGAAGAAAACCAUGAACCAUGUUGAAAGGUCACAGUACAAUUAUUAUCAAAGUAUGGACAGUUAUACCACCUUGCUCACCUACUUACAGACAGCUACAAAGCAAAGAAACACAAUAGAACCACAAAAACCCCACACAACGAUGACUGUGCACAUAAUAAUCAAUAAUCCCUUAAGUGUACCAGCAUAGAAACAAAUUAUAAGGGUGAAGAUAAAGUAGAAUCUUGGCUCUUUGCUGCUUGAUGUAUAAGCUGCUCAUGUUUAGUAACGUUUUGUAAGUAGUUCAAUAUAGUUUAUGGGCUGAAAGGCCAACGUGUCUGAUGGGAUGGUAACCAGCACUGCCCUCCCGUACUGGCAUCUUCGAAAAAUCUGCGGUCAGUGCGAAGAAACUUCACAUUCCUAGAGCAGACAGGAGAAGAUUCUUAGGGUGAACUAAUGAGAUGCUGUCUUGAUUCAUGCCUAAAUAAAUUCCUACGUGCUUCUCCAACUCCGAUCGUGUAUACUUGUGAAGUCUUGUCCUAUUUUAUGUGACUUUUUAAACCAAUUGUGUUUUUUAUGUCCAUACCUGUGUAUGAACACAUUUCCAUCAUACAAUUUAAAUUAAAUUGCAACAGUUAGCCUCUUAAAAUUUUAUUUUGCAUCGAAUAAUAUUUAUAGGUGUAGGUACCUGUGUGACUGGUUUCGUUGCCUUAGUUUGAUGCCAAAAAAAUUUUUAGAUUAAAAAUGUUUUCAUAUUUAUAAUAAUUAGUUGUCAUUGCUUUCUACGUAGAGCAUUCCUGAUUCAUGUUUGCUGCUAAUGUUAUGCCUUGCCAGGGUCUACUGUUUAGAAAGUGUUAAACUAGGGAACACAUUGGCGAGAUUUCACCAAUGCUGGUGUUGCUUGUGUUAGGUGGAGUUUUACUGUCUGCAUUUUGUGUUUUAUUUUAGCUUGAACUGUUCUUAGCCACAAUGUCUUUACAUUUUGGA